UGAUAAAAGCCAUUGAAAUGCGAGUGAAUUGUGGACUCAAUUAGACUUAAGUGUGAAUUGAAUUGCAUUUUAAUCACUAAUUGUUUGCAAAAUUGUGGACAAAAUGAAUGAUCAAAGAAGGGAUCGAAAGGACAAACACUUGACGAAAAUGAGAUGCAAUGAAGAGUUGAGAGCAAAGAAACGUCAGAUUCAUGUGAUUCUCAAGAAAUGCACUUCAGAUCAAACCGAAGAAGAUUUGCAAUUAUUAAAGGAAUCGAAAUCAUUGGUUGAAUUGGUUUUGACGCGAAAACAAAGACUUGAGUUGAAUAAAGAGCGGAUCAAAGAAGUCGAAGACGAGCCACAAGUGUUGACAGACAAGUGUCACCUUUUAUCCAAACUGAUCCGAGAGUCUAAAGGAAUGGUUGUCUAUACCGGCGCUGGAAUCAGCACUUCUGCACAAAUACCCGACUAUAGGGGUCCGAACGGCAUAUGGACUCAACUCAAGAACGGAUCCGAUAUCGCCCAACACAGGGACCUCGUAAUGGCCGAGCCGACGUUCACUCAUAUGGCAAUCACUGAACUGAACCGCAAAAGGAUUGCCAAACACGUUGUGUCCCAGAACUGCGAUGGACUGCAUCUGAGAAGUGGUUUACCGCAGAAGCGUUUAUCUGAAAUCCACGGCAAUAUGUAUUUGGAAGUGUGUGUGAACUGCAAAACACAAUACUUAAGAGCUUUUGAUGUGACCGAAAAAACUUCGCUCCGAAGACACAAAACUGGCCGUAAAUGCCAUUUGUGUCACAAAGAGAGCGGAGAUCUAAUCGACACAAUCGUUCAUUUCGGCGAAAAGGGAAAACUCUUGUGGCCUUUGAAUUGGGAUUCGGCCGCAAAGACAUCUUCGAAAGCAGAUCUCAUUCUAUGUCUCGGAAGUAGUCUUAAAAUUUUGCGCAAAUAUCAGUGUUUAUGGCCGAAGAGAACUCAGAUUGCAAUCGUUAACCUUCAAUGGACUCCAAAGGACUCGCAAUCUGUGCUUAAAAUCAAUGGAAAGUGUGAUUCAGUGAUGAAAGAAGUGAUGAAACUAUUAAAUAUUGACGUCAAGACAUAUGAGAAAUGUUUGGAUCCAAUUUAUUGUUUCGCAACGCCAUUGAAACCGGAAGAAGAGGUGACGUGUAAUCGUAUAAAACUCUUCGAUUCGGACCAAUCGAAGGACAAGUUAUGCGAUUCUGUUAUGUCGAGUCCGUCCUGGUUUGGCAAAGGCAUCAAACUACAUUCAGUGUUCACCAAACAGUGGGAGAGAGUGUCCGACGUUAGAGUGUUUGGAGCCCUCUAUUGGGAGUUGUGUGUGAAACAGUGCCGAAGUGUUGGCGAUAGAGAGAAGUUGAGACAAUUGGUGUACGACUUGUGUGAGCGCGUCAUUACCGGUCAUCAGAAGCCCGAUCUCGUGGUCUCAGCCCUUCUCGAAGUGAUUAAAGCCAUAUCUGAAUGGGUUCUUAAGGAAAGGCUCGAUUACGAGACGACAGGCGACGCGAAGAUCAUCCCCAAUAAGAAGUUGGCCUCAACUAAAUUCAUUAAACUUAAGACCAGAUUAUUUUAUAAACAACAGAAAUUUAAUUUAUGUCGUGAAGAGAGCGAAGGCUAUGGAAAAUUAAUCGUUGAGUUGUGUCAAAGCGGACCUUUUGAUCACAAUUAUAUGCUUGAAGUGAUCAAAUCCUUGAUUGGUUGCUUUAAUUUGGAUCCGAAUCGUGUAUUGGAUAUUAUUUUGGAGUGCUUUGAAUACCGAAUAGAUCUCCACAACCAUUACAUACCAUUAAUUCGAGAUUUUCUGCCAAAUUCUACGACUUUAACGCAAAUCCUAGCGUUUAAAUUCAGUUUCUAUCAGAAUGAAACGGCGGCCGAAACUCCCGAGACAUUGUACGAAGUGGUGGCCCUCGCACUACACCAUAAACUCAUUGAACUCAACCAGUUAUACGAUUUUUUGUUUCCAAUAGACAGCAAAAUAUUAGAUAAUUAUAAAAGCGAAUUAUCCGAAGCGAAGACAUUCGCGAAGAAAAGCAAUGCUAUUCUCACUUCAGAUAAACAAACGGAAGAACAGCACAACUUUGAAGAAGAGAAACAAAAGCAGUUUCUAAGUAAUCAAAAGUUAGGCCUCAUUUUGGCGUUACUUAAAGUGGGCGAUUGGGAGAACGCCAAACAACUCAUUUAUAAACUCCCCGAAUAUUAUGCCGUCUCUUUCGAGAGUAUUGCCAAACAAUUGUGUGAUUUAAUACACUUUUCUAUCGAUAAGAUUUACAAACAACACUCAGGUUUGCCGACAAUCAUCGCCUCUAAAAUCAAAGCCUAUAAGUGUGCGAAACAACCACUUCUUAAACAAAUGGAGAGUAUUUCUGAUUUAAAAAGCGUUGCGUUUCCAAUGAUUGUGGCAAUUGGUCCGCAUUUAUUCAAAGACACACUACUAAUCGCCAAAAUCAUUCGCAUUUGUCGCACACUAUUGUCUAAAUCGUCGAACGAUAAUAAUUUUAAGCAUGAAAUCGCGACGAUUCUGGACGAAGCCGUCCUCCCGGCCAUGUCUUUGGUUGAGAGCAAUUGCGCGCUCUCUGAAGAACUAUGGCUUCUGUUGAAAUCAUUUCCAUAUCAGCAGAGAUACAAACUUUAUACCAAUUGGAAGGCCGAGCCGUCAAACACUUUGAUGAUUAAGACCAGAGCUGUUACUCUAAAAAGAAUUAAAUACAUUAUGAAGAGAUUGAGUAAAGAAAACGUUAAGCUCUCGGGUCGACAGAUCGGCAAACUAAGUCAUUCUAACCCAUCAUUUCUUUUCCAACAUAUAUUAUCGCAAAUCCAAUCGUACGACAAUCUGAUCGGCCCAGUGGUCGACUCACUAAAGUAUUUGACAACCAUUUCAUACGAUGUGCUAUCGUUUUGUGUGAUCGAAGCUCUGGCCAAUCCGGCCAAAGAGCAGACUAAGCACGAGGGCGCCACUAUUGCCCCGUGGCUGCUAAGUCUGGCCAACUUUUGCGGUUCAGUGGUUAAGAAAUACCCGAUCGAAUUGCCCGGACUCUUGCAGUUCGUCGCCAAUCAACUCAAGUCAGAGAAGUGUUUGGAUUUACUUAUCCUCAAAGAAAUUGUACAGAAAAUGGCCGGAAUUGAGGCCUCGGAAGAGAUGACAAACGAACAGUUGGGAGCCCUGAGUGGCGGCGAACUGUUGAGAGCAGAGGGCGGGUAUUUCACUCAAGUCAGGAACACCAAGAAGUCUACCUCUAGACUAAAGGACGCCUUACUUGACAACAAUCUGGCGAUGCCUUUGUGUAUACUUAUAGCACAACAACGCAACUGUAUUUUAUUUCACGAACAAUCGCACAUCAAACUCGUCGGCAAACUUUACGAUCAGUGUCAGGAGACUCUCGUCCAAUACGGAAGCUUUUUGGCCAAUACCCUAAACAUCGAGGACUACAUCAAUAAUCUUCCGCCGCUCGAAAAAUUGAUCUCCGAUUACAGCCUAAGCGCUGACAUUACCUUCUUUUUGGUCCGACCGAUGAUUAUUCAUUACAUUAAUAAAAAUUUUGAUGAACUCAAGAAAAGCGAGAAAAGUUCGUCGAACAGCAAACUAGUCGCCCAAUACAUUGAAGCCUCAGAUGCUGUCACUACACCUCUCGUCAAGUCUAUAGUUCCCGCUUAUUCUCCAAAGUUUUGGGACGAUUUAAGUCCGCGCUUUUUUGUCACGUUCUGGACGUUGACGAUGUACGACCUACAGGUGCCCACACAGAGCUAUGAGCGAGAGCUCAAACGUUUCAAAGACCAGAUCCAAAGCGCCGAAGAAAACAAAGAUUUGGCGCCAAAUAAGAAGAAGAAGGAAAAAGAGAGAUGUCUUUCAAUGAUGGAGAGAUUGGCCGACGAAGACUCGCGACAACAGGAACACAACAAACGAGUGUUGGCUCGACUCCAGAAGGAGAAAGACCAGUGGUUUCAGUCAAAAGUGGCCAAAAUGGAAAUGACUACUCAAUUCCUACAGCACUGUCUCUUUCCUCGGUGUAAAUUUGCCGCGUCUGACGCCCUCUUCUGCGCCAAAUUUGUCCAUUUAUUGCAUUGUUUGCAAACUCCCAACUUUUCUACUCUUAUUUGUUACGAUAGGAUUUUUGGCGAUAUUUCAUAUACGAUGUGUUCGUGUACUGAGAAUGAGGCCAACCAUUACGGACGCUUCCUUUGCUCACUACUCGAGACUGUAAUGAAUUGGCAUAAAAACAAAGAUGUGUUUAAUAAUGAAUGCGCGAAAUAUCCGGGAUUUGUGACCAAAUUCUGUGAGAAAGAUCCGGUUCACGUGGACUUUGAGAACUAUCGUCAUGUGUGUCAUAAAUGGCACUAUAGGCUAACCAAAGCCUUCAUAUUAUGUCUGGAUUCUGCGGAUUACAUACAGAUCAGGAAUUCGCUCAUUAUAUUGACCAAAGUAUUGCCACAGUUUCCAGUGAUGAUUAGUUUCGCUCAGGCUAUUGAACGCCGCGUCGAUAACAUCCGCAACGAAGAGAAAGAGAAACGACCCGAUCUCUACGCUUUGGCCACUGGAUAUUCGGGUCAAUUGAAGGCUCGAAAGUCUAAUUUUAUACCCGAAUCCGAGUUUCAUAUCAAAGAGAAUAAGAAUAAAGGCGUUCAACAAACGAAUGCUCAAAACAGCGCUCAAAAAGUGGAAAUGAAUAACAAUGCGGUUAAAAAGGAAGUGAAAACUGAAGCCAUUGUUAAUAACGACGAUAAGAAUGCUUCAAAGUCGAAGAACGGCAUCGACUCGAGCGACAAGAAAAAGGAGAUUAAGAAGGAUUCAAAAAGUGAGACAAAGUUGAGGAAAAUCAACUCAAGUGAAGAGAAAAUGAAUAACAGUAUAGAAAAGAAUAACCGA